AUGGGCUGUGUCGAGUCACAGGAGAAAAAUGGACGGAGCUUUAGUGCUCACAGCUUCUUCAAGCUGGAAGGUCAUCUGGUCGCAGGCCUGCCUUUGACGCUUACAGUGACUCAGACAGACAAGAAGAGCCUUCAGCUCCGGGUCGUAGGCUUCGACUGUCCAGAAGAGCUUCGCCUGCUGGAAGGCGCUCUGCAGAAGAGGAAGAUGCGGGUGCGGACUAGCUUGCUGGGCCAGAAGGCUCAGGAAGCAGAUAUCGGGAUCGUCGAAAUGUCAGUGGAUGAGGCCUGUAAGGACACCCCGGAGGUGGAAACGGUUUUCAGAAGUGUCAAGGUUCCUUCAGGCAUGGUUCUCAAGGUGAGCCUGAGAUGUGCCCAAGUUGGCGGUGAGCGAGGAGCAUUGGUAGAGGCGAUCCGAAGCUCUAAGCAUCUUCUCCUAGCUGCAACUUUGAGCUCUCAAGAUGAAUCGACCAUAUCUGAUUCUUUCUGGAUCUGCCAAGAGGAGGAGCAGAUGUCGACAGAGGAGUUACUAGGCGAGUUGAGGCAGGCAAUCGCUGGCCAGGUGGAAAAGAUGGCAUCCAUCCAGGCCCAGAUGAAGAAGGCGAGGCCGAGCUUAGCGAGAUCCUUAUCAAUGGCAAGCUGGGAUGGGUCGCAUCCUUUUAGCACUCGGAGCACUUCCACGGUCUUCCAAGCAGAUCGUUUCCGCUCGAGCUGCUCACUCCAGAGCUUGGACAGUAUCUCAGGAGUCAUGAAGGACAUGACAGCAGAGGCCGAGCCGGAACCGGAGUUGCCGAUUGUGCUGGAGUGGACGCGGAAGGAAGUGGAGUAUCCUCUGCAAGCUUCUACAUUGGGCCUUACGGUCGACGGGUUUGUCAAAUAUGUUGGGAUGGGCCUUGUGCAGCGAAGCAUGAAAGAAUUGUUAGGCUCCAAGGCUGAGGCCGAUUCAAAGCAGUUUGCUCCGCACAUUUUGGAGCUGCGCACGUUUUUUGUGGCAGAGAGGAUGGACCAAGCAAGUGGCCAACUCGCGCAUCUUCAACACAUGCUCCAUGAUGCGGUUGUGGGUUCCCCAGAGUACUCACAUUUCGUGACGUGGCUGGACAUUGCUAACCGGACAUGGACCAUUGACAAAGUGUUCCUCAAUGACAUCCUGCCAGCAGGCAAGGGCUACGGUGCCAAGGCCGUGGCAGAGCACCUGCUUGCGCCGCUUCUUUUUCAGAGAAGUGAGGCCUACGAAGCUUCCAAGCUCGGCAGAUCCAUGGAGUCCUUGCCUAGCAUUGAGAAGCUGGUGGUUCUUGAUAUCGUCAAUUGGAACACCUACAUGCUCAUGGCUGUGGCGGGAAGCACCGAAGAGGAUGCUCGCAAGAAGGUGGGUGACGUGCUUGACUUUGCAUUGUCCGCCGAGCUUCAGAAUUCGGGGCUGACACAGAAUCAGCUCUCUAAGGUAGCACUGGUGGACGUCUUCAAGUGCACAGCAUUAGGCAAGAUGUGUGGGUCGGUGUUGAAUUAUUGGAACAAGCAGCUGGCAAGGCAGAUCAGAAUGGAGUCGGCGCAAGUGGUGUUUGGGCAGGGUGACGAAGAGAUCUUUGGCCAGCGUCGCCCAAGGAUGGCUGUGAUUGUCAAACUGGUCGACGCAACAACUAGAGCAUAG